CGGAACCUUGGAAAACCCCAAAAACAUGGCGGAAGCACGAUCUGAUGAAAGCGAACUCCUCGAAGAAGGUCUCGUCAUGAUCGAACAUCAAGCAAAGAAUCCUCGUCUGCCAACCAUCUCGGACCGGAUCGAUCACCUCAGUGAUGUGCUACGAGACAUAUCCCUCAAAAUCCACGAUCAUCCGGAACUCGCAUAUAAAGAGACCUAUGCACACGAUGUGAUUACGAAUUUCAUGGCUCAGUACGAUGAUUGGAAGGUCACGCGAUCAGCAUAUGGUAUCGAGACUGCUUUCGUGGCUGUGUACGAUAGUGGCCGGCCCGGGCCUGUGGUGUCGUUCAAUGCAGAGUAUGAUGCAUUGAAAGGUAUCGGACACGCUUGCGGACACAAUCUGAUUGCUAUCGCUUCCAUCGGAGGUGCUCUGGCGGCGGCAGAUUUGGUCAGGGAGCAGACAAUAGGAGGCAAAGUGGUCUUGUUUGGAACUCCUGCAGAGGAAGGUGGUGGCGGCAAGAUCAAGCUGCUCAAAGCAGGUGCAUACUCGGACCACGCCGUGGACAUUUCUCUGAUCUCUCAUCCUGGUAUUUCACCAGACAGUGCACUAGUCCGAACCGCUGCAUACUCUUCUUUCAAGGUGGAAUAUUUUGGAAGAGAAGCACAUGCAGCGGCAAGCCCAUGGGACGGCAUCAAUGCGUUGGACGCUCUUAUCAUUGCAUACACCGCCACUUCUGCUCUACGGCAGCAAACGCAGCCCGGGGAUAUCAUUCAGGGUCAAAUCAUCAAUGGUGGUCUGCGACCCAACAUCAUACACGCAUACGCUUCAGGGCUUUUUGUGGUGCGCUCCAGCAGCCGCGACCGCCUGGUUGCCCUCAAGAAACGCGUCAUGGCUUGUUUCGAGGGGGCUGCGACGGCAACCGGCGCGAGAUUGGAGAUCACUCCUAAAGGUGAAUAUCUGGAUCAUGUACCCAACAAGGCGCUGGGCCGAAGCUAUCGGAACGCUUUCAAUCAGCUGGGGGGCAGUAUCCCCACGGGCGAUCUCGAUGUGCUAACCAGUGCGACCAUGGCAUCAACUGAUCAGGGCGACAUCAGCCGCGCCAUGCCGAGCAUAUCUCCCAACAUGUGCAUCAAGAGCGCAUCCGGAGGUCCACAUACGCCUGACUUUGAGAAAGCUGCACGAACGGAAGAUGCUCAUCGAUGUGCUCUGCGCGUGGCCAAGGGCCUGGCAGCCACAGCUAUUGAUGUUCUGACUCAGCCAGAACUAUUGAAGGAAGCCAAACGCGAAUUCGCCUCGAUUACAUGAUACACAAGUACCUCCGGUGGUGCACGACGUGUGCCCUUGCGUAGUCCAAUAUCGACCAGGAGCGUUGAGGUAAUGCGGGCUACCAUCUUCGGUGGGGGUUUUAAUGCAGUUGACCUCACCAGUGAUACAUAAUAUAUGCCAAGCUUGAAUUGGGAGUUCGGCAGAUCCGACACGCGAGGGAUUUCCCAACCCAGCAUUCUUUCCCAGCGAUAUAAGCUAUUUUCUUGCCGAUCGAUGUCGGACCUCGUUCCUUCAUGACCAUUUUCAUGGGAGGUUCACUGAACCCGUCUCCAGGGUCCAGCUCUCCAACUGAGACCUGGUGGGAUCUCCAUUCCAACACGAUACCUAUCGCAUUCCAUCAAUCUUCCAUCGUCGAUCGGUAACCACCAUAAACGAUGAACGUGGGCACCGCAACUCCAAUCAAGCAAUCACCAA